GGUGGCGGGUGGUGGUAGUUUCUGUUUCUGUCAGUGUCAAAAUCAAAAUAUCUGUGGAUCUUCACUGUUCACUCAUACAUUGUUAUGCUGGCUAACUAUGAAACUUAUUCCAAAAUCAACUUUGCAUUACGUGGCUUACUUAACUUUCUGUCACACGUUGUCAAUUCAUGUAAAUAAGUUCAUUCUUUCCGUUCUACGAUUUACUUAUCCAACUGUGUUCCAAGGAUGGCAAACAUUUGUGGCUGUUAUUAUAAUGAGAAUCCUUAUGUUUGAAAAUUUGUCUGCAGUUGUGUGCUUGAAGUCUUUUUGUUCUCAUCUACCUCUCUUCUUGUCAUUUGUUGGAGCAAUUGUAGCAGGAUCAAAGGCUCUCUCAUACUUGCCUAUUCCUAUCAUUGUGGCAGUUUCCAAUUUGUUGCCAGCCCUAAACCAUAUUCUUACUACCUGCCGGUCUGAUGCUACAAAUUAUUUUCUUUUUAGCAACAGUAUAUUAUGUGUAGUGAGUGUUCUGGCAAUUUUCUUCUCGGACCACAAUUUAUCGAGCUUCAGUGUGGCGGCUUUAUGGCUAUACACCCAUUUAUUAUUUGGUGCUUCUCAGGACAUCUUCAAUAACGAAGAUACAUCAACAAGAUUUAGUUCCUUUGAUAAGUUAUUUUAUUGUAAUUUAUUCAGUGUUGUAGUUCUAGCCCCCAGCAGCUUAUAUUUGGAGGAAGCAUUUGAAGCACUACAUUUUCAAGAGAGAAGCCAGUUGAGUUUUUUGUUUGGUUGUGUUUUGAGUGGAGUUUCUGGAACUCUAGGAUCUGUCCUGUCCCUUCAUUCAGCUUCAGAGUCCCUUAAUGUUAAUGCAAUUUCUAAGGUCCUUCUGUGCUUGUUUUCCCCAAUGAUUUUGCCGUGCUCAUUAAGCUAUUUCACUUGGUUAUUGAUUUACAUAAUCUUAAUUACAUCCUGUUUCAUACCUCAUAGUGCCACAGAAGUGAUGGAUUGUUCCAGGCCCAAGCAAUUGGAACAUGUGUGAUUCAGCAUGAUUUCAUAAUGUGCUCCACUUGCUUUCCUGCUCCCGUUUCUGAGAAAGAACUUACCUGUAUUGGGCUCUGGAGUGAAGAUAAGAUAGUGCAUGAAAAUUGAGUGCAUUAAUUUUGUAAAUAAAUGAAAUUUAAGGAA